AUGUCUGAAUUACCUCCACCACCCAAGCCCACCGCCAGCUCUCCGGCUCCUCAACUUUCUGCUCCGAGAUCACGAAAGAGCCUAGCAACUUUACCACAUACGCCAAGGACCCUUUCCUCAUCCCAGGCUUCCUCGAGUAUGCGUGCUCCCUCCAGUCCUAGAUCAAGUUCUAGCAGAUCCGUGCUUCAUAGUCCAACAACAUAUGUUGGUCCAUCGAAGUCCCUUAUCAACACCCGGGUUCCCAGUAGUCCCGACACAUCAUUGCGAAGAACGGUCAGUAUCGCAGCCUUCCCCCAGCCACCUAAGGCUGGAAGUCGCCCUUCGACCGCGUCCUCGAUCUCAGGAAUACAAGGCCUGCGUCAUUCCGGAAGUCUCAAAGAACGGAAAAGCUCCAGACUGAGCACUAGCACAAUCAGUAGCUACCGAACAUCUAAAACAACAUCCCUUAUCCACGGAAACGGGGACUUGAAAUCGGCUCUUAGCUGUGAGAUACGGGACAUGGAUGCUUCCCCUCCCCAAAGCAGAAGCUCUUCUGCACAAGAGUCUUAUUCGACAAGCGCAACCACAUAUGAGGAUGGUGAUGACGCAGCCGGCAUAUCCAAGUCCACUCUUAAAUCAAAGGAGAGCAGGGAUACGACAAAGGGAAAUGUGAUCGUGAGCGUCCGAGUACGACCUGAUGUUGGGGGGGUUGAAGCAACAAAGACACCUGAAUGGACGGUAGAUGGGAGGCGAGCAAUCAUCUCCUUCAAUGGGAAAGAAGGUGGUGACUAUCUAUAUGAUAACGUUUUCUCGGCCAAUGAAAACAAUGCAAAAGUCUACGACGCUGCUGCAAAGCGUCUCGUGAGGAGGGUUAUGGAAGGCUAUCACGGUACAGUGUUUGCCUAUGGCAUGACCGGAACGGGCAAGACCUUUUCUAUGCAAGGAACCGCAACCUCCCCAGGGGUAAUUCCACUGGCGAUUACAGACAUAUUCUCCUUCAUCAGAGAGACGCCGCACCGGGAGUUUUUGUUGCGGGUGAGCUACCUUGAAAUCUACAACGAGAGGAUAAAUGACCUGCUUUCAGCGUCAGUGUCCGGUGCGCCCUCCACUGCCCAACAAGAAGAAAUCAAGUUACGUGAGGAUAGCAAAAGAGGUGUAUAUGCGACUCCAUUAAAGGAAGAAAUUGUCCAGAGCCCGACUCAACUUCUCCGUGUCAUCGCAAGGGGAGACCAUGCGAGAAGGACUGGCAGCACCCAGUUCAAUGCUCGAAGUUCACGAAGUCAUGCGGUUGUCCAGAUCGUUGUUGAGAGUCGGGAACGAGCACCCGCAGGUAUAUCCCAGGAUAGGCGGUCAGGUUUGCUGCCUGGGGGGGUCAGGGUGUCCACGCUCAGUCUUAUCGACCUUGCUGGAUCAGAGCGUGCUGCUGAUGACAAAGAACGUCGGACAGAAGGUGCACACAUUAACAAGAGCUUACUGACUUUGGGCACGAUCAUCUCCAAACUUUCGGAAUCAAAGGAAAAAGCCAGUGGUGCAACUGACAAGGAAGGCAAGCAUCUGCCUUAUCGCGAUAGCAAGCUCACGAGACUGCUGCAGCCGGCUUUGUCAGGAAACUCUCUGGUCAGCAUUCUCUGCACGAUCCAGCUAGCCAGUCCAACUAAAACGCAUGCUGGUGAAACCCUCAAUACCUUGAAGUUUGCAGCUCGAGCGAAGAAUAGCAUUGUCAGUCAUGCUAAGAGAGCAGAGGAGGCAAUGGGAAGUGGUGGCACUGACACAGGAAGUCGGGUUCUUCUUGAACGCUAUCGUUUGGAGAUCCAGGCUCUCCGUAAUCAGCUCGAGUGCCAGACAAAAGCUCAGGUUGAGAAAGAAGUCAAACUUGAAGAACAGCAGCUAGAAAAGGAAGCGCAUGCCCGUCAUGAAGAACAAAUGUUAGAGAUGCAACUGGCUCGGACAGCGUUAAAGGAACGUAUAGAACAUCUGAAUCGCCUUAUAUUAUGUUCGAAGUCAACUGGAGUGAAUAACCACGGGGGACUUCCCUCCUUUGGUAGGCUUUCCAGACAAUCCGCCUUCGAUACUGGGACGAGGUCUCUGCGGUCUUCAGUUAGCCAGUCUACAUUGAGCGCCUAUGGACAACCCUCAAACCGCCCGAUGUCUCUCAUUUCGGUCAAUAGUUAUGAUCCCGCAGCCAGUGCACGCCUCGCGAGCUCUUUGCCUCAUGAUGAUGAAGAGAAUAUCGGCGAAUUCGCAGAUGGGAAGGCGAGCACUCAGCAACAAAUUGCGGCCCUUCAAGCUGAUCUCAAUGACAAAAAUCGAUACAUAUCCACGUUGGAGAGGCGGUUGUUGCAAGCACGCCGCUCGAGUCAUUCCCGUAUAUCAAUAGGCAUGAAGUCUAGCAGUCCAGAUGCUGAGUUGCCUGAUACAAUGGCUUUGUUGCGGGAAAGGGACAUGGAAAUAAAUGAGCUUCGUCAACAAUUGGACGAUAAAGAUCGAAUGCUCACAGCGCUCCGAUCUGCUGCUCGACAUCGGGAUCUUGCGCACGUUGCCAUCGAUGCCUGUGGGCCCGGAAUGAAAGAAACUUUAUCUCACCGCCACAGUCUCGGGGACAGUGACUAUGCCUUGACCUACACUCCAGACAACAACUUCUCCCCGCGGUUCGAAGGCACCCCCGAAGGAAAGCGGAAAAGUAUGGACGAGAUGUCUCGAAUCCUUGAUGAAAUGAUUCAAGAUCGUGUUGAAAGCGGCCAAUUAAUCAAAGGCUCGCGUGGUAGUGUUCGUGUCGUUACCAGCAGUCGUCGAGCAUCAGAGUCGAUACCCGGAAUAGCGAGUUUGACUACGAGCAACAUCGAUUGA